AUAAGACCACUUUAAUAGAACAAUAACAUAAAAUCCAACAUUAUCACCAAAUUAAACAAAACUAUGGAAACAGAGAAAUUCCCCUUAGCUCCACCCCACAACACCAUCCAAAACGAUCAUCACGAAGUGUCACAGGGGACCGAGGACGAGCUCCGCCGAAAAAUGCCGAGAAAACGGAUCAUACAAUGCAUAGCAUUCGCAGCCUUUGUCGUUUUACUAAUCGUUGUCGUUUUGGUGUUUACUGUUGUCGUUUUCCGAUUCAAAACACCAAAAUUCAGAAUUAGAGAAGCCUUGAUCAAAAGCUCAUCAAUCGCCAGCAGUUUCACUACCAAUAACACAGAAAAGUAUUCAGUUAACUUGUUAUUGGACGCUGAAUUCACCAUCAACAACAGAAACUAUGGCCGUUUUAAGUACGAGCCAGGCUCUGUUGUGUUUUCUUAUAGAGGUUUUGCUCUUGGCCGGGCCUUCAUUGAUGAUGGCCGGGUUAGGGGAAGGUCAUCCGAGAAAAUCAACGCCGUUGUGGUGCUGAACUCGGCUGGCUUGGAUGGUCGAGCCGAGUCACAGCUCGGAAGGGAUGUUGAAGCCGGAGUCUUGACGUUGACAAGCUACGCCGAGUUAGAAGGAAAGGUUCGAGUUUUAGGCAUUAAAAAGAAGAAGUCGCCUAAGCUGAGUUGCAGUAUGGAUUUUGUCAUCGCUCCUGGAAGUCAUUCGAUCCAAAAUUUCAAGUGUUUGUGAAAUGGUUUGGGAUCUUCAACUGAAGUGUUCAAUUAUUGUGUAUUAAUGUUGUUUGGUUAAAUUAAUUUAUAAAUGUUCAAUUAUAUAAUGGUAUGUAUAUAUUGUUUAUAAUGGAGGCCCCAUUGGUUGUGAAAUACUAUGAUAGUUCUGAUAUCUAAAGAAAAAUUAAUAUCAUCAAUUUUCUGAAGGAUAACAUAUUGUUAUUUGUAUAUUAAAUAUUAGGGUUUAUAUAAUUUAUGAAUAUUUUUAUUGAGUUU